GAACUCAUGCACGUUACGAAGGAGUCCGGGCUGAACGGGGCGUCAGAUACCGCGCAGUCGGUCUCAGAGUAUGAAUGGCAGGUUCUUCUGCAGCGGAACCAGGCUUCUGACAGAGCCCAGGGUUAUAUCCACGUUGAGAGUUGCAAAAUCCGAAGCGAUCCGAGCGAGUGCUAGUGAAUAUGUUUGUACAGGAAUAGAUGGUCCAAAUUUCGUCACGUGAGUAAUUGUAUCAGCUCUUAGAAAAGCCUGCAUCAGCAGCAGAGAGAAAAGCUCUUCCUUCAUGCGGGGUGGCACUCUCGGAUGCUUGUAACUUUGCCACAAAUGAACGGGCGCCCCUUUAUUCCCUGAACACAUAUCUUCAGAAGCCGGAAGCGUCUGCGAAGUAAAUUUCCGCCUCUUUGGACAGGCCUGCCCUUUCAGAUAAAGAGCUGAUCUGGAGAGCAGCCAGUGCACUAACUCCGGUACAACGGGGUUCGUCCCUCGUCGCAUUCCGGAAAGAUUCUUCCGUUGGAAGCAGUCGGAGCUCGCAUGGAGAGCGGAUGUAGUCCCAUAUCGGCAAAAGCGGAGGGAAUGGCAUUCGAGCUGGUGAGGAUCAGAGAUGACGAGAAGCAUCACAGCAUUAUUUGGCAUACUUACCGCAAUCUCACACAUAGAGGGCUCGUUCAUGAUGAUGUCAGGUCGAGUGGGACAUCGACUGGUGACGGUGAAAAAGGUGGACUUUCGUCCAGUGCAGGGAGUGGGAGAUCUUAAGGGUGAGCCCUGCGACGGGAAGGAAAGGCGGAGUUACCUUCAGUACAUAGGACCUGUACAGAUUUUGUUGCGAACCGACCUAGGGAAUCAGAAUGAAAGCUGGGAGAAGCGUUGGAUGGCUGGGACGAACGGCGAGAUAGGACACAAGUCCCUAGGGGCACAGGUGAAAUACUCAGCAUGGAUGCCCAGAGAUGGGUACGGGUCUUCCCAUCCUUGUUGCUACAUAUUUCUCGGUGCUGUGCUCGAUGGAUGGGUACGGGAGUCCGGGACCGAGAGACUUUCGAAGAAAACACAAGGCAAUGUUGUGCAAAGCAAUGCAAGGCAUGAUGAAGUGGAUGUAUCCAGUCUUAGUAAAGUCACGUGUUUUCUUAUCUGCAUCUUCUUCACUCUACGAGACGAAACCAGGCUUACUAUCCCUUCGUGAAUGAAUCCUUCGUCCGUGCAUCCAUGUGCAUUUAUAGCACAUCGGCUAGGCUGUUGAACCUUUCCACUUAUGGUUGUACAGUGGUUUGUCACCCCGCCCCACCCCCACCUUCUGUAUCUACAUGUCGCUUUUGACAGACUUUAAGUCUCGCCAUCCUUUCUCAAAGCACACAUUCUCUGUAAGUUGGUCCCUUCCUCCGUCCGUCUAAUUUCCCCGGCAAUCCGGUUCCACAUCCAAGGGCACUUCGAUUUACAGCCCUUGUUUCCUCGUCUUGUCAGAAUGGUGACGACCUUCGGCUGCUCUCUACACCGAGACUCAUCGAACACCGCACCUUCAUGAGCUCUCGUGCCCUCUCCUCUGUUAGACUAUCAUUAUCAUUGGGCUUCUAUCUAUACACCAGAUGAAAGUACCUGCAUUCGAAACUGGCA